UAUUCCAACUCACACCGGAAGUGGAAAUAUGGACGACUUUCUGCUGGAAAAUCUGGGUUCAGAUGAGGAAUUUAAGUUAUUUUUGGAUGAAAGUUUUGAUGUCAAGGCCCAUGCAAACAAGGCUAUUCAAGGAAAAGCUAUAUCAGAACAAUUAUCAAAGUUAGCAGAAGGUAUAUCUUUGCUGGACAAACAAAUACACUCCCAGAUUGUUGCACAUCAUGACGACCUGUUAUCACAAGCCACAGGUGUUGAAACUUUGGAAGGUGUUCUUCAGAUGAUGCAGUCCAGAAUUCAGUCUCUAUUAGCAGCCAUGGACAGAAUUAGAACUAAAGUUACUGAGCCAUUCAACAAAAUAUCUGCUAGAACUACGCAAUUAAGAAAUUUGCAGGAAGCAUGUGAUUUGUUACGAAGAGUAAUCAGGAUUAUAUAUCUCAGCAAAAGACUCCAUAGUCAACUACAAGGUGGUGCAAGGGAGAUAACUAAGGCAGCUCAAAGUUUAAAUGAAUUAGGAUCAUUUCCCUUUAAUUACAUUUGUGAAGGAGUAGAUCUGAGUGGUAUUGAAGUUAUUGAACAGGACAGAAGGUUUAUAAAACAAGCUCGUCAAGACGUAGAAACUCAGGCUCAGAAAAUGUUGGAACAGAGUAUGGAAACACAAAAUCCUACUCAAGUAGCCACAUCCCUACAAGUUUUCCACAAUCUUGGUUGUUUACAUACAAUUGUAGAUAGAGUUGUUACUGGUUGCCAAGACAACCUUCACACAAAUAUAAGAUCUUGUCUGGAUGUAAGAACUUUGACUCAGCAAUCUUCAAAUAAAGGUCCAGGACGAGCUACCAUGCCAAUGACUGGGAAUACUGCAGCAUUCAGAGCUACACUGUGGACAAACAUGGAAAAGUUAAUGGAUAACAUAUAUGCCUCAUGUGCUCAGGUCCAGCAUCUGCAGAAGGUACUUGUAAAGAAGAGGGAUCCUGUUACACAUGUUGGCUUUAUUGAGGAGCUAGCUAAGCAUAAAGAUGGUAACGUUAACAUUAUGCAGAAUUUUUGGGAAAAUAUAACAAAGAUGCUAACAGCAGAAUUUCAUGAAGCAACUGAAGGAUCAACAUUUAUAAAACAAGCAUUUGAAGGAGAGUAUCCCAAAUUAUUACGAUUAUACAAUGACCUAUGGAAGCGUCUCCAACAAUUGAACCCGAAAGCUUCAACAAAUUUAGCAGAUAUUGUUGUACAUGAAGAGCCUAUUGUGGACGAGGAUAUGUUCUCACAUAAGUCUGAUAAAUAUGACCCUGAGAAAGCAUUACGGAAUACAUUAUGCAAGUUUGAAACAGCCUAUUUGUCAAGAUCUCUAUCCCGAUUGUUUGAUCCCAUCAACCUUGUAUUUGCAACUGGCUCUAUGAAUCCUCCUACGGAACAGGAAGUUGAAAGUGUCAUUAAAACAAUAUCGAGUGAAUUGAAUGUGGCAAGUGUGGACACUAAAUUAAGUAUAACCAUUGCAAAGAAUGUAGCAAAAACAGUUCAGUUAUUUAAUGUUAAAAGUGAACAGUUGCUCUCUACUGAUGGUGAGGCUAGUCAGGUAAUUGGACCAGCAACACAAGGUCAAACCAGGAACCAGGCUGUUGUUAAUACCUUGUAUCUUUUUCAUCAGUCAGUCACAAGGGUUGUGACAUCAUUAAAUAAUUAUUCAUUAGAAGCAAUAGAGAGUAUACAUAAAUCAUUAGAGGGAAUUGUGAUAUUAAUGAGUAAUGCUAUCAACCCACUAUUAUCCUCUAUAUCUGACGCAACAGAAGCUAUCAUACUAACCAUGCAUCAGGAAGAUUUCUCUACAAGUGCCCCUUCAGAUCAUCAGAAAGAUUCCCAAUGCUCACUUUACAUGAGAGAGUUACAGGACUUUGUUGUCAGAUGUCAGACAGACUAUUUAUCUAAAUAUGAAUGUACAGACUUCAUUAUGGAAUGUUUACAGCCAAUAUCCUGUAGAUGUGUAGAAUUAUUUGUUAGACAUGCUAGUUUGAUACGACCUUUAGGAGAAGGAGGUAAACUUAGACUGGCAGCAGACUUUGCCCAAAUGGAAUUAGCAAUAUCACCAUUCUGUAAACGAAUAGCAGACCUAGGCAAACACUACAGACUACUCAGAUCAUUUAGACCAUUAUUAUUCCAGUCAGUUGAACACAUUUCUAUGAGUCCAGCGCUAGGAGAAAUCAUUCCUUACAGUACUGUAUUACAUUUCUUGUUUGCCAGAGCUCCUGUUGAACUGAAAUCACCACAUGUAGCUGCUGAUUGGUCGAUAAGUAGAUACUCUCAGUGGUUAGAAGAUCACUCAUCAGAGAAAGAUAAAUUGACAUUAAUAAAAGGAACAUUGGAAGGUUAUGUACAAAAUGUGAAAUCAAGACAAGGGAGAGAAUUUGCAUCCAUUUAUCCAGUUAUGUUAGAUCUCUUACAGAAAGGAUUACAAUCAGCAACAUGAUUCAGUUGUUAAACACUUUAAAAAAUUAAUGCAGACAUUACAGAUAUUCCAAGCUCCACAUUGUGAUAUUACAUCCUAUUGGUGCAAGGGGGUGUUAUGAAGUGUUCAUGGGUCCAAUUAUUGCUGAUCUUAAUCAAAUAAAAGGUAUAAAAGUUCUGGGUUCAUGAAAUGGAACAGUACUUCCACUUUGUCUUAAAGUGUUGCUGUAAAAAAGAAAAGACCUUAAUCAAAAGAUCUUUCAACUGAAUUAUUGUGAUGCCUUCAGGACAUUCAAUGUUCUUCUGGUCCUCAAUCUUUUAAAUUCUCAACAUUUUAAGCUGGAGCCAGCAGUUUAAUAUUGAUUUUUAAUUUGAAAUUGUACAAUGUUGUUAAAGUUGUUGAAAACUUGUAAAUUAAAAUUAAGGCCAAUUUUAUAAAAACUCAUCAUGUCUAGUAAAUUUUUCCUAGUUCUAGCAGAUUUUAUUCUUUGGAGUAAUAGUUAUUUUAUUACUUGAGAGUAAUAUUUAUUUAAAAUAUAUAUACAAAAAACUGAAAAGGCUGCAUUUAUUCAAUUUAUUAUGCAUCCAUCUUUUUAGAAAUAUUUCUUGUGGGUUACUCAUGCAUAUAAUAUAUUUAUACUGUGAUAAUAUUGUUGGGAAGAAUUGUUAAGGUUUAUGAAAUUGUUUUUAUGAAAUAAAUUAUUUAUACAAUGAA